AUGGCAACGGUUUGUGUAGUCGGAAGUGGUAUCCUUGGUCUUGCAGUGGCAUCUUGUCUCUUAGAGAAGACCAAUGUAAACAUCGUAAUCAUUAGUGAUGAUUUUCCUCAUGAAUCGUCCCAUGAUUUGAAGUAUUCGCCUUUUUUUACUUCUCCAUGGGCAGGAGCUCAUUUCCGUCCGUUUCCUUCUGUUACAGAAUUUGACCAACGACACGUUGAGUACACAAGGGCAACAUAUGGGCAUUUCAAGAAGCUAGCUGCCUUUGAACCCCAGGAAGAGACCAGUAUUCGAUUCUUAGAAGGCACCGAUCUUGUAGAGAGAGGUCAUCCCAACUUUGAGUAUUAUUCCGAGUUGAAGCAGGGUUAUAGAGAAGAGAUCGAGGAUUUCGUAGUGAAUGACUGGGAGCAUGGGUUCAGUGCAUCUUAUAAGACAUGGGUGCUCAAUGCACCUUUCUUUCUGUCUUACUUAUUCAAGAAGCUUCGUUCUAAUCCACGAGUAACUCUAAAGCAAGGUAAACUGAAUACACUACGGGAAGCUUUUACUGAAAAUGCAGCAAAGAAUGAUCAGAGCCCAGAUCUGGGUGCAAAUGGUUACAAUUACGUCUUCAAUUGCACAGGGUUGGGACUUCAAAUGAACGGUGGAUGGGAUCCUGCCUGCUACGUAAUCCGCGGACAAACACUGCUACUGAAGGUCCCUAGUGGUCCGCAUUUGCAGAAGACCGUGACUCAUCAGAGCAAAGAGGGCCAAUGGACUUUUUUCAUUCCCCGUCCGUUGAGCAAUCCUGAGUCCCCCACCGAAGAUUACGUAAUUCUCGGAGGGACAAAGCAAGAAAAGGAUUUCGAUUCAGGCAGCCCCCGGUCGCAGGAUUCGUUGGAUAUCCUAACGCGCGCGGACAGGUUAUUUCCCGAAUUAAAGGAUGCCAAAACAGGACAUUUUCAAGUGAUACAGCCAAAUGUAGGAUUUAGGCCUUCUAGAAAAGGAGGAGUUCGUGUUGAAAGAGAGAAGGUUCCAGAUGUUGAAAACAGCUUUGCAUAUCAUUGCUACGGAGCUGGAGGAAUGGGCUAUGAAUUGAGCUUUGGUGUAGCCUUUGCAGUAGUUGACCUGUUUUUGGAUGACUAUAAUCAAUAG